GGAUCAGCUCAACCACAAGUAGACAACAAUAUGAUCAGGAAAAAGCACCCUUCAAAGCCUGCUCUCUCUUUCUUUUCCCUUCUUUAUUUGAAGAUUUUCUUCUUUGAAAUGGGAAUGGCCAAGAACUCGACAUCUAUAAUCCCAGUGAAUGUAGGUGUGGUUCUUGACUUGGACAAUGACUUGGAUGGCAAGAUUGGAUUGAGUUGCAUCAAUAUGUCCCUCUCAGACUUCUAUGAUACUCAUGGUGAUUACAAAACCAGGCUGGUCCUCGUCACCAGGGACUCCAAGAACGAUGUUGCUGGUGCAGCUGCUGCAGCCCUGGACCUGAUAAAAAAUGUUGAAGUGCAAGCAAUCAUAGGCCCAACAACAUCAAUGCAAGCCAAUUUUGUUAUUGAACUUGGAGAAAAAGCUCAGGUGCCCGUUAUAUCAUUUUCUGCAUCAAGUCCUUCUCUCACUUCCAUCAGGAGUCCCUUCUUCUUCCGAGCUACCCAAAAUGACUCAACUCAGGUGAAAGCCAUAAGUGCAUUAGUUCAAGCCUUUGGAUGGAGAGAAGCAGUACCCAUCUACAUUGACAAUGAAUACGGAGAGGGAGUGAUACCUUAUUUAACUGAUGCUCUGCAAGCAGUUGAUGCCCGUGUCCCGUACCGGAGUGUCAUUUCUCCAUCAGCCACUGAUGAUCAAAUUGUUUCAGAGCUGUACAAGUUGAUGACAAUGCAAACUAGAGUUUUCAUUGUGCACAUGUUUCCAUCUCUUGGCGCUCGGGUUUUUGCCAAAGCAAAAGAGAAAGGAAUGGUGAGUGAAGGCUAUGUUUGGAUCAUGACUGACGGUCUAACAGCUGAAUUUUUGAGUUCACCAAAUGCUUCUGUCACUAAUACAAUGCAAGGUGCAUUGGGUGUGAAACCUUAUGUGCCAAGAACAGAAGAUCUCGAAACUUUUCGAAUUCGGUGGAAAAGAAAAUUCCUACAAGAUAAUCCAGAUAUCGUUGAUGCUGAGUUGAAUAUUUUUGGCUUAUGGGCAUAUGAUGCAGCAACAGCUUUGGCCUUGGCAGUUGAGAAAGCUGGAACUGCAAAUUUAGGCUUCCAAAAGGCAAACGUUUCUAGCAAUUCAUCCACAGAUCUUGCAACUCUUGGGGUGUCUUUAAAUGGUCCAAACCUCGUUCAAGCUUUAUCAAACAUUACUUUCAAAGGUCUUACAGGAGAUUACCUUUUCGAUAAUGGACAGUUACAGUCAUCAGCUUUCCAGAUAAUAAAUGUGAAUGACAAUGGGGGAAGAGAGAUAGGAUUCUGGACAUCAACCAAAGGGAUUGUCAAAACAUUGAACUCAACAAAUAAUAUGACUGCGUACUCAGGUUCUAACUCCGAUCUUUCAACUGUCAUAUGGCCGGGUGAUACAACUUCUGUUCCCAAGGGUUGGGAGAUCCCAACGAAUGGGAAGAAGUUGAGAAUAGGAGUGCCUGUGAAGGAUGGUUUCAGUGAGUUUGUGAAAGUAAAAAGAGAUCCUAGUUCUAACACCAAAACCGUCACUGGAUACAGCAUAGAUGUUUUUGAUUCUGUUGUCAAAGCAUUGCCUUAUGCUUUGCCUUACGAGUACAUCCCCUUUGCCAAGCCUGACGGCGAGCCAGCUGGAACUUACAAUGAUCUGAUAUAUCAAGUGUACUUGAAGAAUUUUGAUGCUGUAGUUGGAGAUACAACUAUUGUUUUCAACAGAUCCCAGUAUGUUGAUUUUACUUUGCCUUACACUGAAAGUGGUGUCUCCAUGAUCGUCCCCAUUGUGGACAACAACAGCAAAAAUGCAUGGGUUUUCUUGAGGCCUCUGACAUGGGAUCUCUGGGUGACAAGUUUUUGUUUCUUUAUUUUCAUUGGAUUUGUGAUCUGGGUUCUUGAACACAGAAUCAAUGAAGAUUUUAGAGGGCCUGCUUCACAUCAAGCGGGCACUAGCUUCUGGUUUUCUUUCUCAACCAUAGUUUUUGCACAAAGGGAGAUAGUUGUUAGCAACUUGUCCAGAGCAGUGAUAAUCAUAUGGUGUUUUGUUGUGCUGAUUCUCACACAAAGCUACACUGCCAGUCUAACUAGUUUACUUACAGUCCAGCAGCUGCGGCCUACAGUUACUGAUGUACAUGAGCUCAUUAAGAAGGGGGAGUAUGUAGGCUACCAGGAGGGUUCUUUUGUUCUGGGAAUCCUAUUAGACUUGGGUUUCGACAAGUCCAAGCUCAUUGUGUAUAAUUCCACAGAACAAUGUGAUGACCUUUUAUCGAAAGGAAGUGUAAAUGGUGGUAUUGCUGCUGCUUUUGAUGAAGUACCAUAUAUGAGGCUCUUUCUGUCAAAGUAUUGCUCUAGAUAUGCCAUGAUUGAUCCUACAUUUAAAACAGACGGUUUCGGAUUUGCCUUCCCUAAAGGUUCUCCUCUGGUACCAGAUGUAUCAAGGGCAGUUCUAAACAUGACAGAGGGAGAUAAAAUGAAGGAAAUUGAGAAUGCUUGGUUUGGAAAACAAAGCAAUUGUCCAGAUUCCAGCACCUCGGUUACAUCUAACAGCCUUAGUCUCAAGAGUUUCUGGGGCUUAUUUUUAAUUGCUGGAGUAGCAUCCCUCUUAGCUCUCAUUAUAUUCAUGUUCAUGUUUGUCUACAAGGAAAGGAAAAGGUUGAGGCCUUUAAAUUCCAGAAUUUCCAUAAGGAGAAAAGUCGGCAAUUUCUUCAGGAUCUUCAUUCAGAGGGACUUAAAAUCCCAUACUUUCAGAAAAAGUGGGCUGAAUGACAGAAAUGGCACUAGUCUGCCUAGUAUGGGCCCAUCGGCCUAUUCAGUUCAAACUACUUAUUUCCCUGGAGAUGGAGAUCAGUCUUCUACAGAGUUUGUUGAUUCCAGUCCACAUAGUCAAACAUCUCAAGAGGUAGUAAUAAAUAUUGAUCAACUUACAAACCCAAAUCAAGAAAGACUAGCAGCUUUUGAAGUAGAACAUGAUCACAAUUGACUUUCAGAUGAUACCAUUGACAGUUUGACACUGGAAAUUUAUAGACCUGUAGAUAUAGUUGUAGCAUUGUAAUGUAAUUGUAGGCCAUCAGAGGCCUGGCAAUUCAUGGGAAAGUCCAAAGGAACAUGCAGGAGGCAAUACUAUAGAACACAUAUUGCUCUGUUUGAUUCCUCGUUUGUGACACUCGAACUUCAAAUUGUAAAUAUUGAAUUACUAUAUAUAACAUAUUUAUAGCUAGGUAGGAUUAAACUGAGUGUCAGAAUUAGUAAAUUAUUAUCGCAAAUUAUAGAUUUUCUUCAGCAAUUUCCCAA